GGGUUAAUGGCUCCGCGUUCUCUCCACAGGCCGCCAGCCGGCCCCUCACGCACCGGACGGGGCUGCAUGGCGGCUCCUCAGGGGAGGGACAGCGGCCCCGGCCCCUCAGAGCCCACAGGAACGACCCGAACCCGGCGAGCCCGCCAAAACCUUUCCCGCCACUGCCCUCACCAGCCGGGCCGGCCGCCGCCUGCUCCUGACGGCGCCUCUCCGCCUUCACCACCUCGCUGUGCGUGUCUUAAGGGCUUUUUUUUUUCUGGGUUUCUGACAAAGAACAGGCUCCCCAACAGGAAAAUGUACAAAGUCUCCCUGUUCUUCUCCUUCCAGCUGCGUUUUUACACAUGCUUCCUGCCAGCUGCAAAAAAAAAAAAACCAUAUAUGCCGGUCUUGUGGUUAGUUGUCAGCGUUUCCACAUAAGAAACAUUUGCAAGGGCAGGGUGGAGGUUGUCUUAAAAGAAAUCAAACAAACACAAAAAAAACCCAUGAGGGGGAAGGAAGUCACAAAAUUCUGUGAAAAAGCUUUCCUAUACUGCAACAGACCAGGCUUUGGGAGGGUUUUGUGUUACAGAGGAGGAAAGGACAGAUUUUGUAGGACCUUGUCGUGUCACCUUCAGACACUGGAGACAAAGAAAUAAGACAAGGACCACGACAACACUUUUAAGGCAUUCUCUGCACAAGUAGUUGCUUUCUUAGGUACAACAGGGUCUUGAGUUCUUCAGAAGACAUUGCCCACGUGUAGCUAAAGAUUACAUUUACUUUGCCCAGAGGAUUACAACACCUACUUGCUGUAACCGUGAUUAUGUAGCUUUGUAUUACUAAUUAGAUCAUCAAAUUACUUAUCAAAUUUGUUCAGGCAGUGAUGUUGAACUCAAAGUUUGUGAUGAGAUUUGUACCUUCUAGGACAAGAUCUUCACACCUUAAUAUUUGAAGCUUGACCAAAAUAUUUCCCUGACAACCUGGCUGGCUGUAAAUAUUUGUUAGCAUCUUAAAACUUCUACAGACUUGAUACUCUUUUUUUUCUGGACAUUUUUUUAAAAUUAUAUUGCUGCUAAAAUAAACAGUACCAUAUACUCCCUUAGUCUCAUCAUAUGAUCACUUGCAUUAUCUCUAGCAAACGUGUGACUGAUAUGAAUCAGUGAUCUCAUUCCCUUGUAAGAACAGUGCUAGAAAAAUUACAUACACUCUCAUAUACUGAAUGGCAGCACAGUUCUACCACACAGCUCAGCUCUCUCACUCAGAAAAAUGCUGAUUAUCUUACAACAACUGUAUGUAACAUAUAGUUGUACCCCAAAUGGCUGUUCCUCACUCCACAGCUUGUUCUCUGCCCACUACUCUGUCUGCUAUAGGCUAAAUCUAAGUGGAAUAUGACAAAAGUCUUUGCACAAACGUCACUGAAGAUCAGCACUUUCCGUAUUUAGGACUUCCUCAACCCUUGGAGCCACUCCUCAAAGAUUUCAUUACUGUAACUCCACCAGCUGCCUUGCUCAGUAUCAAGAAAAUGUUAUUUCUCACAAGUCUGCUGUUUUCCUACUGUAAGCCAAGGACAUACUUCUUAUGCAUUACAAAUCCUUCUAACCGAGAACCAUUGUUUCUUGUCUGCAAGCUUUCUUUUCUUCUCUUAGUUCAAAUGUCUCAGCAGAUUCAGAAAACUACUGCAAAUGGCAAAGAGAUGCUGUCCAACCCCAGGCUCUUACCUCUUGAGGGGACUUCGAAUGUCAUGAUGAAGCAGAACGUGAGCCUCUCCUGCCACGUGGACUCUGGAUCUCCACCUGUCAGAUACACAUUGUUUAAACACAAUAAGAAGGUAUCCACUUUAAACAGGCCAGACUUGACCCCCGGUUUGUUUAACUUGACUAUCAACUCUGAGAGUGAUGUGGGUGAAUACAAAUGCAAAGCUGAGAAUAACAUCACCAAUGGCGGAAAAUACAGCAACAGUCUCAGGUUCACCCUUAUAGAGCCAAUUUCCAAACCGGUGCUGAGCUCGCUCACCUCUCAAGCAAAGAAAGGCCAGAAUGUGACCCUGUCUUGUCUCUCAGUGAACGGCUCUCUUCCUAUCACAUACAUAUUCUUCAAAGGAAAAAGAAGCAUCUCUCAGCCAGUGAAGAUGCAGAAGAGGGAAGCAGCUAUGAUUUUUCUAUUUAUCAAUUCCUCUAGUGACUUUGGAACUUAUAAAUGCAGAGCUGAAAAUAGCUUUCGCAAUAAUACAAAAUACAGCAACAGUUUCAACUUUACAUUAGCAGAAGAGAGACGCCAUUCUCAGCCCCUGAUAAUUUCUCUUGUGCUGAUCUUGCUACUGUUCGUAAUAGGAUUUGCUCUGGCAAUUCCAUUUUUCAUAAUUCCUUCAUAUAAAGCAAAAAAAUUUAAGUCUACUAGGCCCUCAGCUGGCCUUACUUCAACUAUGAAUGCAGAAGAGGCCGAAGAUGAUGUCAUAUACGCAGAGAUCGAGCCUGUUAAACCAGAAGAAGAAUAUAUCAACAUUUCUGUUAUUAGAAGAGAAGAUGAAGAAGCAGAGAAGAGGACAUGUGCUACAGUCUAUUCAAAGGCCCUCAUCAGAGACUGAGUACCAGCUGGACCACUCCAUUCUCCAGAGUGGCAUCAGUUAUCAAGACCGUGAAGAGAACACUCAUCUCAUCGUACCUGCGAAGAAAAGAGCACACCUGCUACUGCUUUUGGUGUACGAAAAAUUCAGAUAGGUUAUGUACAAAUGACCAUAAGCUGUAAAUCUUUAGUUUUGCUAUACUGUGCUAAGCCCUGUGUGAAAACACCAGUUUCCUUGUUGCCCUUCCUUGCUUUCCUGACUACACAUCUUCAAAUUAUUUAGUUACUUUAUUACAUAACAAGAACGUUAUUUAGUGACCUGUUACAAGAGUAUUUUUGUAGAAGCAGACUACAUUGUUCUUCUGUUACUUAACAGCCAGACUUACUCUGAAGACUACUGCACAUCAACAAAUGGCUGUAUUUCUUUUCUCUCAGGGAAAAAAUAUUCAUCAAUAUGCUCAAGAUCCAUCAACAUGAGUAGCAAUCUGCUCCAAAUUCACUCUUGAUCAACAGCUCAUAGAUAAAGCCCUCGCUGGAACAGCAGUUUCUAUCUCCACAAAUAAUUCCAUCACAUACACUUAUUUACGGUAAUCAUUCCAGGCUUGACAAACUUUUAGCUCAAGACUAGACACAGUACUUUGCUUCAUUUUAGAAAUUAACUAUCCGACAUUGCUCUUUGUAAUAAAAUUAAUUGAAUCCAA